AUGGCCGCCCGCAGAAGUCUGGGCGGUGGGCGAGUGCUCGGGUCUGGCAACGGGCUGGCACCUCCGUCGCCAGCGACAUCCUCGACCGCAACCCCCAAGCCUAUUCACACCGUACGCAGUCCCGGCCUGCUAUCGCCCUCCGACAGCUCCGUGUCGCUUUCUUCGCUGGCCUCGAGUACGCCGAUAUCGACAGACCACGAAGACCUCACCUCCCGCAUCGCCCUCGACGAGCAUGCCUCCGCCCACGCCGCGGCUGCAGCCAGCAACCGCCUGGUCUGCCCGAUAUGCAGUGAAGAGAUGGUCACACUGUUGCAGCUGAACAGGCAUAUCGAUGACAACCAUGCCAAUCUGGAAGAGAUCGAGCAGGAUGAGGCCAAGACAUGGUUCAAGCAGCAAAUGACAAAGGCGAAGAAGUUCCAACCGCUGGCACUCAUCAACCAGAAGUUGCGCGGCCUGGAAGUCUUCGAGAGCAAUAAUGACAUGUCUGCACCGAUGCAGGCUAUUCAAACAGCAGUCGCAGGGGCGAGGGAAUCAUCGCCUGCUCCAGUGCCAACGCCAAUCCGUAAGGAGCCUGAGACUCCCGACCCCGACGAGGUCGUUACUCGAGCACAUUGGCAGCGUCCUAGAGGCUUCGAUGACUGCUCUGAUCCACUAUGUGGGAAGCGCCUUGGGCCUGCGAAUGGUCAAGUCAAUUGCCGACAUUGCGGCAAGUUAUUCUGUGAGGAGCACACCAUGUAUCAGAUGAAGCUUUCCAGGUCUGCGAAGCAUGAGCCUGUUCGUGGCUUGUGGUGUCGAGUCUGUGAGGCGUGCUACAAAAGUCGAGAUGGCUACAAUGACCACCAUGGCUUCGAACGAAAUCACCUUGACUUCUUCAAAGGUGCGAGGAGGAAAACAGUCGACAAGCAAUACCUGGAGACGAGUCGGCUGGAGACAAGACUUACGAGGCUUACACAACUCCUGGCUGAUCCUCCUCCAGACCAAGGUCAGAGCACAACUAACUUGCUGUGGUCAUCGCUUUCUGGCAACAAGCCGCAGAUACGAGCUCUCGAGCAGUCUAUCGUGCCCUGGGAGGAGGACACCAAAGUGGCAGAAUGUCCCUUCUGCCAACAACCCUUUUCCCAAUACAGUCUGCGGCGACAUCACUGUCGCAUAUGCGGAAGAGUAGUGUGUGGUGAUCCAAAUACAGGCUGUUCAAGCGAUAUCGGUCUGGACGUCGAUAGCAAAAAGAAUGGCGCAAAGGUCGCUGUCGAUGUGCGCAUGUGUAAAGAUUGCCAGAGGACGAUAUUCAGCAAAGCCGACUUUGCUCGCGAGCUUAGCACGAAAUCACCGGACCAGCGCGCAUACGAGAACCUGCUGCAAUUCGAGCACGGCAUACGUCUCCUGUUGCCAAAGUUCCAGCGUCUCUUAGCACCUUUGCAGGACCCAGAGCAUCCUCCAACACCAGCGCAACUUGCGGAAGCUUCCAAGAUACGCAAGCGCCUGACCGAUGCCUUCACGCAAUACGAUGUUGCUUCACGACGCAUACGAGAUCUACCCACCACCAGUCCUACUCAAGAGCAGCUUCAAAAGGCCAUCUACUCGAAAGCUCUUACGUUCUUGCACACGCAUAUGCUGCCGUUGAAGGCAUUGCCCAAGAUCCUCAAACAUGCAACCCCCAAUGGUCUGCGAAACCCGCCCGUGCCGAGCAACGGGAAGCCGCAAGGAGCUCUAGCAGCAAUCAAGUACAAUGCAAUUACGAAUGGACUUGCAAGACCGGGAAGUAGUCGCACUAGUAGUGAGAGCUCCGUGGCCGUCACUGCGCUUGAAGCCGAGGAGAAGGAACUGAAGAACAGGUUGAUCGUUCUUGAAGAACAAAAGUUCUUCGUAUCGGAGAUGAUCGCUGAUGCAAACAAGCGGCGCAAGUUCGAUGAAGUCUCCGCCUUGUCACAGAACGUCGAAGACUUGUCGAAGGAGAUCGACCAGAUACAAAGCCAGAUCUCGGGCAUGGACUUUGCAGGCGCAUAUGCCGCUGAUGGUGUCAUCAAGUGA